AUGGAGAGCCAAUCUCCCAUGAUGGAAGAAUACGAGCGUGCCCCGGACGAGUCCGACCGCAAGAUGCUGAGGAGCUUCUGCUUUUUGAGCGGUUGCGCGAUGUGCGUCGUCAGCUUCCUGAACGCCCUUAACAUCUUUUCGAUUGGACGCCCAGCAUUGUACUUGUUGAACCUCGUUCAAGGUAUCUUCGGUUUUUCUGUUAUGGUCUUCGAGGGUGACGAAUACUCCUCGCUUGCACCCUACGCUAACGUUUUGGACGUGCACUUCAAGUUCCUGUCGUCGUCGCUAGGCCGUGCGCUGUUCUUCAUCUUGGUUGGUAUCCACUGCAGCGUUCUCACUACGCUGUCCGUGCUGUACUACCCGCUGGCGCUUAUCUGGCUCGGCGUCGCCGCAUUCAUCAUCGCCAACCGUCAGCGUGAGACCCUCCCCUUCUAUGAAGAGUAG